GGACGUUGGGACGGGGACACGGAGCAGAGAGAGGAGGCUGUCUGCCGCAGCUGGACCGACUCCCGCCCGGAACCAGAACAACACUGGCCUCACGGUCUGACACACUGUUAUCACUGUACAUCUGAUGAGAGUCCAGCUCUUCAAUCCGCUAUGAGAGACUACUCAGCGACUCCGAGCAAUGGAGGCGCCUGCAUGCCGUGCUGCCAAGUUUGCGUCUUCGCCUUUACCGCAUUUCUCAUCGUUGCGGAGAGGACGGCACUGAUCUACUGUUUUGUGUACUACCUGUGGGUGGGUCACAACUACUGCUAUGCCCAUCUUGCUGGCUUCACUGCACUGUUCCUGCUGCCAGGUUGGGGUCCUCAGUGGCUCAGUUAUCUGUGGUAUCUGUCAGAUGGACGCAUCCGCAGGAAGUCUCUCACCUGGACUCACAUCCUGCACCUGGGUAUUUUCAAAAGGCUGUGGGAGUGCAUGAGUCUGCCAGAUGAGGAUGUGUAUGGUGAGAUCAUGCAGCAGGCUGAUGCAUCUGCCUUACGUCUGUUUGAGGCCUUGGUGGUCACCCUCCCUCAGACACUGCUGCAGACCUAUGUGCUCAUCUGUACUGAUAUAGGAAUCAAGUCUCCAGCCUCAGUGUGUUUUGUGGUGUGUUUGCUGUCUCUCGCCUGGGCCUUGGUCCUCUAUGCAAGAGCCUGUUCACUCAUCAGACCAGGACACCUACAAAUGACCCCCGCUGCCAUUCUCUGUCGACUGCUAUGGAGGGUCAGUAUGUUGGGGUCGCGAUUUGCCGUUCUCAUGCUCUUCACACGUAUCUUCAAACAAUGGAUCCUGGGAGUCAUCGGUGUGCACUGGCUAGGUGCAACGUUCUGGAUGGUGUCCCAGCAGACUGACAUUAUACGCUCAACUAGUCGAUGGAGAAUCUUCAACCUCGUUCUGGGAGCCAUUCACAUCUUCCUUUUCCUUAAUGUGAAGUACGGUCAAUCCAGAUGUCGCAUGGCUGGCUUCUACCUGGCCAUGUUCUUAGAGAACGCCUUUCUUCUUCUGGCCUCCUCGUGGUUGUUUACCAUGGUGUCCUGGGAUACUGUUGGAAUCCCGGCUGCAGUGUUUUGUAGCUUCCUUAUUGGAGUGAUUGCCUUGGUGCUGUACUAUCGUUUCCUCCAUCCUAAAUCCUUUGAGAUUUUCCAGAGUAUUCGUCACAGGGGAAUAGGUGGAGCCUGCAUGGAGCGUGGAUCUACACUCUCAUUGGAGGAGAAAGUCACACCUACUUUCCAUCGCCAUGCAACACUGUCUGGAGGUGGGACACUCAUGGAUCUCCCUAUCCAAUGGGAGGGUUGGAAACAUCACCACUGGCUGCUGAUUCGCUUGGCCAUGAAGACGGGCGAUGUAACCAGGAUCUGGUCAUCGUAUGGCGAGGGGGGACUGGCCGGACUGAUGGGUCUGUCUGAAGAAGUUCACUCCCCUGAUGACUUUCACGUCCCUCGGAUUACCCCUGCACAACCACCGUUUCCUCAGAUCUCACACCCUACUCCUCAACCAGCUCCACCACAGGUGACCCAGGCCCCACAGGUGAAAGAGGUGGUCCAGCCACCAAGGCCAACUCCAUCCACUGUAGUAGCCAGACCAGUGAGGAGAGCUCCUCCCACGACAAUCCAGGAUAUGAGAAGGUUUCCAGAGAUCAUGCCGGUCCAGGAGGUCAUUCCUGAAGAGACUGCAGAAGAAGAGUCCAGCGCGCCACAAUCAGAUGAUAAAGGUUGGAUAAACAAUGAUACCUGUGAUGAGGAGUUUCAGAGUGCAGCUUACGGCUCACCGACACUUUCAUCCCCGCGGCAAGUAGGAAGCCUCCGCCACAUUGACAGCAAUGCUGGGACCCUGACCGAAGCCUCGUCCUCUGUGGGUUCCCUGGACAUCAAGACUCCCGGCUGGUCACCUGAGCGACGUUCCCCUCUCCUGCUUGGUUCUCCAGACAAGAAACCAGCGUUACCCGGAGAGUCUAGCACUACAUUGUACUUCAGCGCCGAUGCACAGUCUCCCUCCAGUGGCAGCUAUCUUGGCUGGGGCUCUGAGUUGUCGCCCAUCUCCACCUACAGAAGUCCCUACCGGAUCCGGGAGGCGCGUUUUGUCACAUCCACUCCACGACUGGAGCCUCGACCUGAAAGUCCAGGCCUGGCUCCUGUUGUUGUCAUCCCUGCGACUCCAACACCAAGUGGAACCCCCGCUUCUCUGACCCCUGCUGCUUCUACACCUGGUAAUUCAACACCGGCUGGUUCAACACCUGCAGCUUCAACACCUGCUGCUUCAACUCCUGGUGGUUCGACUCCUGGUCCUUCGACUCCUGGUCCUUCGACUCCUGGUCCUUCAACUCCUGGUGCUUCCACGCCUGGUACUCCUAUCAUCCCACUCACUCCAGUCAUUUCUCACGCUCGCAAACAGCUGGUCCAGUUUGUGGACAGUAAAGAGAGGGCGGUGUAAGGAGGAUGGGGGUAAAUGGGAAGGGAAAUUCUGGGUGGGCAGUGAUGUCUUUUACAACUUAGCAGUUAAGGAUAUACAUGAAUUCAUGCAUUAACUAACUUGGGGACGGUUUGAGUUAGGGGACAUUCUCAUCUCAGUUCAUUUGAAUCAGCUGUGGAAGGAUAUAAAUUGUUUAUGUUUUUCUCCUGACAUGCAGGUUAAAUUUGCAAAAAAUGUGGAUGCAUUGGUAGCACAGUGGCAAAACACUUGCCAGCCACUGCAAUUUUUAAUAGUGGUACCUCUGGCCUUGCUGUGUGUUCCAGUUACCAUAUUUAGCAAUGUUUAUCAGUAGGAGGUAAAUGAUGAAACAGGUCCCUGUUGUUGCACUAAAAUCUCCAGGUUGGUUGGAGUGGCUGCAGGCAGGGGGUUGUAAUAGGGUCACCUUGAAUGCCACUGUUGCUCCUUUUGGCAGGUGAAAGGGAAGCAAAUUGUAUCGGGUGAUAGUCUGCUUCCUACUGAGGCCACCAGAGGAGAUGGCAGUGACAAACACAGAUGCCAUUGCAAAUUGGGGUUGGGGGAGUUUCUAAGUUAAGUAAGUAAAAACACUACACAGUAUGGAUCAGUAUUUAGAGGAGAUCUGGGUUACUCAUCAAAAGAAAACACAGUUAAACAUUCAAAGGUGCUAAUGAAUGUGGGGCAUCACUUUCAUUCAUUUAAAUAAACCCUUACACUUUUUAAUCAUGAGACACUAACCACAGCAAACCUAAUGCAGUUUAGCCUCUCGCUUCUCAGAAGUAACCUCUAAUUUUAGGAACUAAUUAUUAAAAUAAUCAUUGUUGUGAUUAUAUUUUAAAUCGUGGAGCACAAACAAUCAUAUAAUUCAAGGCAAAGUUAUUUAAAUGCUAGUUGGAGCUCAAUGAAGAUGAAUUUUCUAAACUAAACUAGUUUACAAUCACUAAACUAUAAACGCUGUGCUCCAGGCUGCUGAGCCGAAUCUCCUCCUAGCGCCACUCGCCGAUGCCAGUUAGUCUGAUUCAGUGAAACCAAUGAUCUGUUAUAAGAUAUAUAAAUAAUGUGUAUUUAUGCAGAUUCAAGCAGACUUCAGAGUUGUUAUUAUGCUAGCUAACACUUUAGACGAUGUUGAACAUCCAGUCCGACAGUUCAGUAUAUGGUUGGUGCUUGCACACACACACAUUACUGACACAUGUAAACACACAGACACUAUUUCUGUAAAAUGGUCGUAUCUGUUCAUUGACGUGUACGUCUUUAUUUUAAUGAAACUGUCAGAUAAGUAAAUGAUAAAAAGCAAAAGUUUGAGGGAAAAACAUUUUUAUAAAUUAUAGCUAUGCUUUCCUUUAAUUGUUACUGCAAUCAUUUCAGUCAGUCAGCACUUUACAACUGAAGUUUAUUGUUAGCCAGUGGCUGUAGCAUGAUAUUAUGUGGGCUACACUAUGUUAUUAUAAUGUGAUGUUUAUCAAAGGGAAAUUAAGUAAGCAAUAUAGAAUAUUAAAGGAGUGAUCAGAACUCAUAAUUUAUGUUUAUGGCCUGCAGAAACUCUUUAAAUCUAAAACUAAAUGCAUACAUGAUUAAACAAAGCUCCACAAUUUCUCCAUAGUUCCUCUUGCUCUUGACAUUUAAAAAAAUUUUAUAAUAAUAACAGUCAUGAAGAAAAUAUGCAUUACAACACAUUUCUGCAGGACAUAGGUAGUGUGCGUCUCUAAAAUGAGAUCGGACAAUCACAUUUUGUUUGCUUUUAGAAUGAUGAAGGAAAUUGUAUGAAUGAUAAUAAGAUAUAACAUAUGAUAUGUGAUAAUAACGCUGUUAAUGUGGGUUGCUAUGGCAACAAAAAUGUCUGGGAGGGACAUGAAGCUAAUGUGUAUUUUUCUGACUGAGCUAGUGCCCCAAAUUGUUCUGGUCCCAAACUAGUUUAAACUUUUUAUUUUUUAUACUUUAUCAAUUUCAUCAAUUAAUUUACUGCCCUAAUUAUUAGCAUUAUUAGCCUUGUUUAAGUUGUUGUUGCCAUCCAUUUACUUACGUUUUAAUUGUUUUUAUUGAAGAGCACACAGCGAGCAAGCUGUUAUUACUGAAGCUUAAGUCAUGAAACUAUAGACUAGCUGCUUUUUUUAAAUUGCCGAUAUGAAGACCAGUUUUCCUUCUUGCAGAGGAAAAUUUCUACAUUCAGUUUCUUGUUAAAUAAGAAAAAAAAAACUUCCUCAAAUGUAGACAAUCCAUCGCAGUAAACAUGUAACAUUGCACCCCACUCAAAUAAAUGUAAAUAUCUACUAGAGAAUGAUGCUCCACAAACCUUGUUAAUUACUCAAAAAUACAGUAGAACACUAAAACUAGUUUGCAAGCUAAUGGCAGUUUUUAUUAAAUAACUGGGGGAAAUCAACUUUUGACAUAGUCUUAAACUAACAGCUCAAACUCUAAAUGACUAUUACUGUAUUCUCCUGUAAAGCCCAUUACUCACAAAUGUUAUGUUGUCCUUCAGCUUAUAUAUUAGUUGAACCUCCUACCUCAAAAAAAUUAAAUUUCUUUCAUCAGGGAGAAAAUGUUGCUUAGUGUAUGUAAAAACACUCUGAACCUUUGUUUAGCAGAAUCAAACAUUUUGGAUAAUGUAUUUAUCAGCUGGGUGAGGGACAGAGGUUACAGAAUAGAAAUGUUGCAUAAAGGCACAUCCUGGAAAUAAUAAUGCGCUGCUAUGAGUUUCAAGUUUGGUCGAUGCCAGUAUUAUGUCAUGUUAUGAUUAUUAUUUAUUUCAAUAUAUGAUUGUAACCAUAAAAUGUGAUAUUAGUCUUCCAUGUAUAUUUAUCUUUUAUUUUCUGUUUUUCUUUAACCACGCUAUGUUAAUUUUCUUUCUUUCUUUCUAAACAUAUAUAAUAACUAUAAAGUAAAGUCUAUAAAUGUAAUGAGCAGUUAAAUGGUUGUGCUGCUCAUGUUUGGUGAUAAAACAUGGGCAGCACUUUGAGAAUAUAAGAUGAUUUAUGGAACAAAGUACAGAGAAAAAAAACCUGCUUUUGGUGGAACGGCUUUAUCAAACUGUGUCAAACUGUUAUCCAUAUUCCUGCUAAUAGAUAAAGGAGUCACUGCAUGUUACUCAUUCAUACAGACAUCCACAGAAUUGUAUCUAUUCCUUUAGCGAGAGAAAGCACUCACAGUAACUACACACACAUUACAGUAAUUAACACAAUGCUAGAAUGUGCAAAAGCAAUAAGUCAGUUAAUGAAAUGUAUCUUAGUGCACUUAUUAAAAAUGAUCCAUGCACACGCUUUAGACGAUGCCUUGGCUUGAUCAUCAUGAAUCAGCGCUUUGCCUUGUAGAAAGACAGCUUCAGCUUGUCUCGUGUGUGUGUUGCUUUAUAUUAGAACUAUAUGCUUUGCUUUGUGUACCUAAUGCAUAUGAUAACCUUUGCUUGUGUUUCUAAUUUGGCUACUUUUGUAUUUUUUUAAAUGUUAUUAUUCUUUUAUAUUUGGUCACAUGUACUGUUAUGAAAUGUGGACAGCCACGGUGCAGUGUUUCAAGGUUUUGUGCUGAAGUUUCACAUGUGAAAUUGUUUAUAGUUUUCAUUGACAGACUGGAAUCAGUUUGCUGAUUGAGUGUAACAUCACUUAGUCACCGGACGACCUCCAUUUAUCAACACGCGUCACCUCAUCUCUGCAAGGAUUCCCACAGGGCAACUGUGGUUGGUGAUAGUAAGUCAUUAGCUGUGCUAUUGAUGUGACAAAAUAAAGUCAUAAACCGUCAAA